UCUGAAACGCGUAAAAUCUUAAAAUACGAACCAGAAUUGAGCCAUUCUUUGCGCAGAUCGAAGUUAACCACUUCCUUCAGGACUACAUCCACCUGCGAUUCACCGACAAGCAGAACAGCAGAAGAAGGAUGAGGGAAGUCUGCUUCUCGUUAGAGGUGUUGCUCUUGUGCAUUGCCAGCGGAGCAAGUGCGGCGGCACUGGCUGAGAGCUCCACAAACCCGUUCUUAUCAGCGACCAACUUCACUGACAGCAGCGCGUCCUCGCAGCAUCAGGCGGAGCCUGCGAGGGUCCCCAAGACCAGACGGAGGCGUUACAUUUCCCAAAGCGACAUGAUCGAGAUCCUAGACUAUCACAACCAAGUUCGAGCGAAUGUCUUCCCGCCUGCCUCCAACAUGGAGUACAUGGUGUGGGACGAGAACCUCGCCAGGUCCGCGGAGGCCUGGGCUGCCACGUGCAUCUGGGAUCACGGCCCGCAGCACCUCCUGAGGUUCCUGGGUCAGAACCUCUCCGUGAGAACCGGACGGUACCGUUCCAUUCUGCAGCUGGUGAAGCCAUGGUACGAUGAGGUCAGGGACUACGUUUUCCCGUACCCCCAGGACUGCAACCCCCAGUGUCCCCUGCGCUGCUACGGGCCCAUGUGCACACACUACACGCAGAUGGUGUGGGCCACAUCGAACAGGGUGGGCUGUGCUAUUCAAACAUGCUUUAACAUGUAUGUAUGGGGGGCCGUGUGGAGGAGGGCAACAUACCUGGUCUGCAAUUACUCACCAAAGGGGAACUGGAUUGGGGAGGCACCUUAUAAGGUUGGCAUUCCAUGUUCUGCGUGUCCACCAAGCUAUGGCGGCUCUUGCAGCAACAACGUGUGUUAUCCUGCAAUAAACUCAAACUACCUGUACUGGUUCAAAUGAACACCACUCACAAUGCACCGACCAAUGGUUUGCCAUGACAGAACCUAGCACAUCACUCUAAUGUGUAUAUAUGAUCGUUUAUUUAAACUUUGCAGACAUUGAGAGGCCGGAAAUAGGUAUUUAGACAACAAUAAAGUAGUUUUUAUUUUACUUUACAUGUACAUACAGUGAUAAUGUACCAUAAUAUAUUACUAAUCUUGUUUUUAUAUAAUAAUGUGUUAAAUUAGUCUGUAUCACAUUGUGUCGG